AUGAAAGUCAUAUUCCCAACUAUUGUGUUCCUGGGCUCAAGUCUCUGGGGGUAUUUUCACGGAGAGAUACCAUUCACAAGCAUUCGACCUCCUAGCUCCCUCGCCCAGCGCACACUGAGCAGCCUUCAAUUAGCCGGUUCGGCGUAUGCUCUGGGCGAUCUUCUGCCCGCCAACGUUUCUUCCGAAGCUCUGGGAAUACAAAGCUCGUUGCAUCCAAUCCAUACGUACAGAGCUCCGGGGGUAUUUGAUACGCCAACCCCCAUCAACCAUAGCUUUAUUGCGUCCGAAAAUCGAACCCCAAAGCCUCUGUCAGUCCCAUUGACACCGAAUGGGCGAAGGAGAGAGCAAGAAAAUUCCUUCGAGAGAGUCAUGCUGGUUCUGAUGAUUGUGAAUUUCGGUAUACUGGCGAAGCUAGUACUGUACCACAAUGAAGACCGCGCCAACGAACUUAAGAGCCACUAUGACCAGCGCGAAUACAUGGAGCGGCUCUUGUACCUAUACACAGGUACUUUACCCGUGAUAGGUAAUCAUAUGCUGCGCCAGUUGGAUCAGAAGUUUGCAAAGAUCGAAGAAUCGAUCCAGAGACUGCAUGCGAAGUUUGAAAAGUUCGACAGCGGUGUACAAGAUUUGGAGGACCUCACCAACCAAGAUCGAAUUGACGAGGCUAUGGCGCGCUGGAGGAAAUUCCACGAGCGGCUUAGGGAACUUCCCAGAGAAACUUCCAAGGCCUUCUCGGACAUUGGGAGGACUUUGGAGGCUUCGCUUGAGACCUCUGAGACCGAUGAUGUCAGUACUGGAGAAGACUGA